UUAAUUUUAGAUUUUGCUAACUGUUGUUGUUGAUCCCACUUGCUGGGAGGACCUGCGCACUUUUGAAGAUGUUGUCUACCCAACAUUUUUAGAAGCUGCAAAGGCUCGAGGACUGAUGGCUGAUGAUAUUAUUUGGAGAAGAACAAUUCAAGAAGCUUUUGAUUCUAAUAAGCGCAUACAACAGCGCAUUCGAUGGCUUGCCAUGUUCUUUGGAUCAACUAAUUUGACAAACCCGACUGCUUUGCUUGAUUAUGUUAUUCAGUUGCCGGAGGAUUGGCUUUAUGGGACACGUGUUGCGCAACUUGAUUUUGAAGCUCGCCGAGAUUAUGUUUUGUGUAAUAUGGAAUGGUUUUUGAGAGCUAAUGGAAUAAGACCCGAUGAAAUUGAAAGGGAGGAUGGUACAUUUGAAACGGCGUGUGAGAGGAUUCGGUUUUUUUCUAACUCAUUUUGA